AUGGAGGUGGCGGUAAAGCAGAAGCAAGUAACUUUAGAAAAACAAAUGAAGUGCGCAGCGGCGAAAAAAGCGGAGACCAAAGUGUUAGCAGCCCUCCUGGGAAAAGUUCCAGCCGAGGAGUACACCAUAUGGCUCCGCCACUUGCGCCGCGGCGCAUUGAACAACCAGCGGGUGGAGUUGGAUUUACCGCUCUCUGCUGUUGCGGCGUCUAACCAAGCAAGGGUCUUCGGGGAUGUUCAGGAUGCUGCAAGCAACAUGACGCUUAAUAAUAUAUCUUCGCUUUUCGCUGGCGACCUACGAAUGAUCAACCAGCGGUGUGUGACCAUUAAGGACGCAAUCCACUGUCUUACUCAAGCAGAACUCGACGUCAUGGAGAUGGUGGUCCAGCAGGCUGUGGAGGCAGUGGAGGAAGAGGGAAUUGUCUUUAUUGACGAAAUCGACAAAAUUUGCUCAAAGAGCGGAAAGGGCGGCUACCAGGGGCCAGAUGCUUCUGAUGAGGGCGUGCAGCGGGAUUUGCUGCCCCUUCUGGAAGGCUCAACUGUCUCUACUCGUUACGGAGACAUACACACCAAUUAUAUUCUGUUUAUUGCUUCAGGCGCCUUUCACUCCGUGCAACCAAGCGAUAUGCUGGCUGAGCUGCAGGGCCGGCUGCCGGUUCGCGUGCUUUUAAGGCCGCUCUCUGAAAAAGACUUCUACCAAAUUCUGACCAGAACAAAAAGCAAUUUAAUUGAACAGCAUAAGGCAUUGCUGGCAACGGAGGGCAUUGAACUGAAGUUCACAGACGACGCCAUUGCAGAAGUGGCAAGAGGUGAUUCCUCCGCACAGGCAUCCCAAUAA